GGUUCAUCUCUAGCACUGCAUGGACAUAAAUGGGAGGACACCAUGAUGUCCUCUCUCGCGACUGAGCUGACCUUGGCGCCCAUCAUCCUGACAGCUUCCCCGCUCCUGGUUGGCUCUGCCACUCAUCUUACUGGCAGAGGAACUGAGGCUCGGAGAGCAGCGCCUUCAGGCUCCAGGUCUCCGGCCCUCACUCACGCUUUAUGCCUGUUGUGAAUCGGAGGGGUGGAGGCCUGCGGCCCCAAGGCUCUCUGAGGUGGCUGCUCACCUCCUGCUCUUCCCACGGUCUGACUCCUUCCCAUGCCCUCCAGAUCAUCAUCUUCGAGCAGGAGAACUUCCAGGGUCACUCCCAUGAGCUCAGCGGGCCCUGCCCCAACCUGAAGGAGACCGGCAUGGAAAAGGCAGGUUCCGUCCUGGUGCAGGCUGGACCCUGGGUGGGGUAUGAGCAGGCCAAUUGCAAGGGCGAGCAGUUUGUGUUCGAAAAGGGUGAAUACCCACGCUGGGACUCCUGGACCAGCAGCCGGAGGACAGACUCCCUGAGCUCUCUGAGGCCCAUCAAAGUGGACAGCCAAGAGCACAAGAUCAUCCUGUAUGAGAACCCCAAUUUUACCGGUAAGAAGAUGGAGAUCGUAGAUGACGAUGUGCCCAGCUUCCAUGCCCACGGGUACCAGGAGAAGGUGUCUUCCGUGCGGGUGCAGAGUGGCACGUGGGUUGGGUACCAGUACCCCGGCUACCGUGGCCUGCAGUACCUGCUGGAGAAGGGGGACUACAAGGACAACAGUGACUUCGGGGCCCCUCACCCCCAGGUGCAGUCUGUGCGCCGCAUCCGUGACAUGCAGUGGCACCAGAGAGGCACCUUCCACCCCUCCAGUUAGAGCCCCGACCUUCCCCUCCCCUGGAGCCAGGCCCACCACCCCGGGGCCUCCUGACA